GGUCAACUUUAUUCCUCUGCCUGGGAUUUGAGAAGGCCGGGAGGAGGGUUGGGAGGAUGGAGCUGGUGGCUUGUCUCAUGGAGAAGUGGCAUCACCUCCGUUAACUGACAAUCUCCCUCGUGGUUUGCUCAUGUAAUUCGGAGGCAGCGAAGGUGUUUGAGCUCGGGUGUAACGAGAGCACGACAAACCAAGUCAUGGCAUGCGUCGCGGCAGCCAGGCGAGGACUCUCCAGUCUCCCGAGUCGAAAGAUUUCACCGGGUGUCUGCCAUGACAAAUCAGCCGCUGUUAGCCUGAAUAACUGCAUUCACUGAAGUUACAGUAGGAAACUUGUCUGGGUGGACACUGUGCCAUUACUCUGCAGAAAGCAGCCGGUGCCGAUCGCUGGCGUUGCACUGAAAUAAUGCAUUGAUCGCUGCUCCAAAGCUUGCCCGGCAGUGCACGGGGCUUAAUUGCAGUGACAGAGAGCAGGGCAAAUACUGGGAGAAGAGGCACUGUGGAAGGGCAGGGAUAGUCCAACACCUCACCAGUCUCUCUAGGAAUAAGGAGCACGCUGGAUGUGUUAGAUGCUGAAAGGACCAGAGCAAGCCUGGUAUGUCCCUGGAAGAAUUUGCAGUCUAAACUUGGCUGGCUGCUCGCUAUCGGCAGCCAAGCGCUGCAAAGGCAAAGUGGGUAGUGUCUGCCCUCGUGCUGGCACAGAGCACAGUUUGUGUCCUUUCUCCACCCACGGGAGCCAGUCCCUGUCCCGAAGAGGACAUGGGAGGUGCUUGCUUAUGCAUGGCAUAUAAAUGGCCCGGUGAGGCCCUGACCUAUGCUCAGAUAUCGCCCGUCUCUGCUCCAAUGCAGGUUCCCUCUCCGAAGGUGGUUGGUGUGCAGGGAAAAAGCAUCUGGUACUCCUCCAGCCUCACAGUGAAGAGCAGUGUGUGCCAACCCAGUGCAAGACACGGCAGGGAAUAAAAGGUCAACAAUGCAGUUCUUAGCCUGGUUCAAUUUGCUGCUUCUCCUUCCUUGUUUUGGUACCACCAAAACCUGCUUCCCUGGCUGCCACUGUGAAGUGGAAAGCUUUGGUCUCUUUGACAGCUUCAGCUUGACCAAGGUGGACUGCAGUGGAAUAGGCUCACAUAUUGUUCCUGUCCCAAUCCCACUGGAUACCUCCUACUUGGAUCUAUCGUCAAACAAACUGGAAACAAUCAAUGAGUCAAUGCUUACUGGCCCUGGAUACACAACCUUGGUAAGCCUUGACCUGAGCUACAACAAAAUUGCCAAGAUUUCCCCCACAACCUUCUCCAGGCUUCGGUACCUGGAAUCCUUGGAUCUGAGUCAUAACUCUUUGGAAAUCCUUCCGGAGGACUGUUUCUCCAGUUCUUCACUGAGCGACAUAGAUUUGAGCAAUAACAAGCUUUUGGAUAUAGCUAUGGACAUUUUUGCUUCAAAAGGUCAAGGAAAACCCCUGAAUGUUGAUCUAUCCAAUAAUAUGCUCAGCACAAUUAUGAGGCACCGUGAAAAGAGCAACCCCAACAUCCAGAAUUUAAAUCUUUCUGGGAACAGGCUAAUGUCUGUGCCAAACCUUCAAGGGAUUCCUCUCCGAUACUUAAAUCUUGAUGGGAACCCUAUAGUCAAAAUUGAGAAAAAUGACUUCAUGGGGCUGAAAGAUUUGAUUCAUUUAUCCCUCAGUGGAUUGCAUGGUUUUGGAGUGUUAUCUCCUUACAGCUUUAAGGAACUACCAGCCCUCCAAGUUCUGGAUUUAUCCAGCAAUCCUGAUCUGAAGUCACUGACUGCUGAAGUUAUCUUUGGUCUGAAUUCCCUUCAAGAGCUCAACCUCUCUGGGACAGGCGUGUCAGCCUUGCCAAAGACUGUGCUGAAAUACCUGCCUUCCAUCAAAAGCAUCACCUUGGGGAAGAACAUACAGUGUCUUAAGACUAUCAAAGAAGGACAGUACCACCGACAAACUGGGCUGACCAAAAAAGAAGUCCUCAGUUGUCACGACAGCCAUGGGUCCAUAGCAGCAGCACCUUACGUUUUGUGAUGAAAGCUGGGGAAAAGGGGUGGGGGAGGGCAGGGGGCUGUGGGAUUUGUACAGCUGUCGGACUGACAUGGCUUGCAGUGUGCCUUUUGUAAAACUGUCAAUAAUUUAUAUAUUUGUAUAUGACAAUACUUGAUUGUUUGUGGAUUUUAUACUCUGAAAUCCUGGCCCACAUUGUCUUCAGGCUCCAGAUUUUGCCUGGUGCAUUGAGUUCCUGCAUGCUGCCUAUUAGCUCAAGAGCAGUGAUGCUGAACAAUGGGGACCAAGAUGCUGUGCAGGUCCCAGGGCAGAACAGUCAAUCUGGAGCAAAACUUCAUGCCCCAGACACAUUUGUAGGAGCAAAGCUACAUCUCUCCAGAGUACACACCAAAAUGUACCAAUUCUGUAGCUGCUUGCUUACAAACUCAUGCAUCAUCCUUUUUUUAAUUAUUACUCCCCAAGAAGUGCCUUCUGGAUGUUGCCUUCAUUAGCAGCACUCUGUUCCCUGUCACGCACUUUCAGUCUUGAAGAAAUAUUUCCAGACAAACCUGAAUACAGGGUGCUCCUAAUGUGCUGCUUUUCCAUGUUAUUUGUAUAGGUGUGCAAUGAACAUUGAGUAAGUCGAGAACUUUUUCCACAAUUUUCUCCCUACUUUCCCAUCCAAUCCUUUUCACAUCAAAUUACUUCAGGUCCAACCUUGGCAACCUCCUGUCUUUCUAACCUUAGGGAGCCAUUGCUCAAGAGAUGAUGCGAAGCACAGGGGUCUGCCAACAGCUGCAUCUCUCCUAGGAACCAGCCUCCAAUGAAGCAAAUUAACUGAAUUGCAAAGUGGAGAGGUCACAUAGCCUGCCUUAAAAGAAAACAAAGCCCUUCUCCCAUUGUGGGGAAGCUUGGAAGAAAACCUUGACAAAGAUUCUCAAUUCUUGACUUGAUGACCUUAUCAAACCAAGACGCAGACCCAGAGGAUGUGAGAGUAAGCUGUUUCCAUGCUGACAUCCCUCAUGCUGAACAAAACAUCUGUGAGUCAGCUGGGCUCGUGUGAGGCAAUUUCCAGCUCUGAAACACUCUCUGGAACGUGCCAGGGGAAGAAUUAACACUGACGUCUGUGACCCUGGAGUGCUUUGCCUAUCAGAGGAAAGAUCUUCAGGGUUUUUUUUACAGAGUUGUGGCUUUUCUUUCUAUCACACAGAUCCUUGGCUGCCAAGUGAAAUCUGAUAAAAAGCCUGGUCCUCAGAGAUUUACUCAUUUUGCUGAAAUGCUGGCAAAGCAAAGGAGAGCGCCUCUCUCAUCCCUCUUCUUCUCCAGACUAGAAGAAAGUGGGGGAAGGCAGCACAGCAUGAUUCAAUGCUGGGUAUGAAGCCUUCAACUUGCUUAUAGGAGCUUCUGCAACGUAGGUGUCUGCUGAGGUCUGGUCCACAUGUGGCACACUGUCCUGGGGAUAGGAAGGAAUAUUGUGGAUCGGGGUCCUGCUCAGGUUGGUCUUGGUCUCUAAACACAGCCUUGCAGCAGGGCAGCUUUCCAUGUUUGAAGCUGGUUUAGGGAGGUCCAUGCAAAGGCAAUGCAGAUAUAAACCCAUCCCACAACCUUCCUUAGGAGUGUUGAGAGUAGCUCGGCCUUCAUCCUCACACUCCCAAAGGUCUUUGCGAAUGGAAACCCUGUUGCUGAAAGCAGCUGUCUCCAGGGAUGGGUGAAACCCACUAAGCCCAUAGAAACCAGAGUUAACACCUCACUGUGGAUUCUGAAAUCUCUCUCUCACAUUUUCAUCCAUCUCCUUUUCAAUUGUGGAUCAUAAGGUAGGAUUUUAACUCUUUCAGUGCUGGUUUUUUUUUUCCCUCUCUACUGAGCCUUUGCAAUGCUCAAUCAGCCUUCACUGUCACAAGAAACAUUGAUUUUCUUAAAAAGGCAAUGGGAUUGCCUACAGGCAGGCGUCUGGAGGGGAACAGCAACCAGCUGCGGUGCAAGAUGGGCAGUUUAGGAGGGAGGAGAUGUUUUUUAGUGGAUCUUGUCUUUUUAAAAGAAUUCUUUCCUGCUGGCAGAAAAAUGUAAUUUUUUAAAAAGUUGUUUAAUUUUGUAAAUCUGUAUGUAGAUUAAAUAUUUAAGGGAUCAUAUGCUGUCAAAGUUACUGUCUUUGCACCACUGUGGUAAGUUUAAAACAAUGUGACAAUCCAGUUGAAGACUGCAAAAUUUCCUUGUGUAAUCUCAUGCUAGCUGCUAGCUAAACAGGUCUCAGCAAAAGCUGGCAAACACCAUCACUGUGUUAGUUUGUUUUUUAAAAGAAACUCUGCAGCAUUGUAAGGCUUCGUGAUUACUCACAAUAUAAUAAAAGUGAUUUG